AUGUAUUUCCCUUCACCAACCCAGGGACCAGUAAUAGAAAAUAUCUCAAGACGAUGUGGUGGUUUUCUUCGUCAAUUGUCCCUCCGUGGUUGUCAGAGUAUCGGCAAUAAUUCAAUGCGCACUCUCGCCCAAUCAUGUUCAAAUAUUGAAGAACUGAACCUCAGCCAGUGCAAGAAAAUCUCCGAUAUAACGUGUGCAUCGCUGAGCAGUCACUGUCCAAAGCUUCAGCGUUUGAAUUUAGAUUCAUGUCCAGAGAUAACAGAUUUAGCAAUCAAGGAUCUUUCGGAAGGUUGUCCACUACUGACACACAUCAAUUUAUCGUGGUGUGAAUUAUUGACUGAUAAUGGGGUUGAGGCGUUGGCACGUGGUUGUCCAGAGCUCAGGAGUUUCCUCAGUAAAGGAUGUCGACAACUCACAGACAGGGCUAUCAAGUGCCUGGCGCGGUACUGUCCGAACUUGGAGGCCAUCAAUCUCCAUGAGUGCAGGAAUAUCACAGAUGACGCAGUGCGUGAGCUGAGUGAGAGGUGUCCACGACUGCAUUACGUUUGUAUAUCCAACUGUCCAAAUUUGACUGAUGCAUCGCUGGUAACAAUCGCUCAACACUGUCCUCUGCUCAGUGUUUUAGAAUGUGUUGCCUGUACUCAUUUCACUGAUGCUGGGUUUCAGGCAUUGGCAAGAAAUUGCAGAUUAUUAGAAAAAAUGGAUUUGGAGGAGUGUGCUCUCAUUACCGAUGCCACACUUAUUCACUUGGCGAUGGGAUGUCCACGUCUCGAGAAGUUGAGUUUAUCACACUGUGAGCUCAUAACUGAUGAGGGGAUUCGACAGCUGGCUCUGUCCCCCUGUGCUGCUGAAAAUCUCGCUGUUCUAGAGCUCGACAACUGCCCAUUAAUAACAGACGCCAGUCUGGAUCAUCUACUCCAGGCCUGUCAUAAUCUCGAGCGUAUCGAGCUAUACGAUUGUCAACUCAUCACAAGAUCUGGGAUACGUCGACUUAGAACUCAUCUACCCAACAUAAAAGUCCAUGCCUACUUUGCACCAAUGACACCGCCACCAAGCGCCGGUGCAUCACGACAACGGUACUGUCGUUGCUGCGUCAUCCUAUGAUUCCGAAUCCAGAGGGCAAUUGUUACUUGUCCAUUAUUCCAAGUGAAAUUCGGAGCAUUUCAUCGUUUUACUCAUUUGUAAUGAGAGAAACAUCAUCCCUGUGAAUCGGUAAACACGGGAGAUAUUUAUGCUUGACUCAAGAGACUUUGGUGAAUUAGGUGAUUUAUUACUCAAUGACUAAUAAUAUCCAAAGGCGAUGGACCCAUUAGUUUUAUUUCAAUUUUUUAAAUCAAAGGAACAUCAUAAUUUUUUCAUCACUCGACUACACAUUUAAGGAUCAGUCUUCAUUGUCCUUAUUUUAAAAUAAUCAGAAUUUUCGUUUAAAUCUUAAAAAGAAUUCACAAUGGUUCUUUCGGCGACAGAUAUGAACCAGGAGAGUACAGACUGAAAAAAAUUUAACGAAACAAAAAAAAUAAAAGUAUUCUAAUGCCUAAAGAAAAUUGCUGAGUAUGUGGGAAUGAAAUUUCCAUAGUAAAGUGGUGAAAGUGGUUCAUUGUGCAUUCGUCUCGAUGAGUAGUGAUUUGAACAUUGUCUCUAGGCAAUUCCCUCCAAAAAUCACUCAUUAUUGGAAUAAUUUUCCUAGCAACCAAAUACAUAACACAGUCCUACAAAAUUUCGGUUUUUUGGCACAGGAAUGAGACUGAUCUACUAGAAAGAUUUUUGCAUGCCGAUUUCAAAUCCGCCGGCCAAAUCCCAUUGAAUGACCUAGUUUCUGAGAAAAAUUGUUAAGUCCUCAAAAUGGCCCAAAAUCGCCUUUUUCAAAAUUUUGUUAAAAAAUAAAGCCUGUGCCUAUUGAACUGAAAAAAAAACAACGAAAAGACCAGAAAAGUUCUAGAUGAGGUAGGGUAGUUUAAUCAAAAGCAGGAAACUAUUCAUAAUAAAUUUUGCAUUUUUUCAGUAAAAUUGCAUUUAUUUUUCAAAAGAAUGUCAUGGCACGUAGGAUUCCAACCGCCAGAUUUAAGGUCUAUGAUUUGUCCAUUUCAUUUGUUGAUUAAUUUCUGGUUUUUUCGUUGCUUUUUUUUCAGCUCAAUAGACACAGGCGUGGCUUCCGAAUGGAAGCCUUAGAAUCGUUAAAAUUUAAGUUUCGGUUUUUUUUGUGUUAUAUCGACCCAUUAUGAUCCAAAAAGUCCGAAAAUGCAAUUUUUGGACCGUGUCCGUAUGUGUGUAUGUAUGUGUGUAUGUUGGCGUCUAAGGUUGUUCUUGAAUUAUUCACCAAUGAAUUGAUGUAAUUGAAUCUUUUUUUAUCAAAUGUAGAUAUCGUUGAACCCUAUCCAUCGACAUAAAUGAAAAUUGUAUUCAUCCAUUA